AUGCAGAAAAGUGUAGAUCUCUAUUAGGCAGCACCAAGUCCAAAAAGUAUCUAGUUUCAACCGUUCGGAAUUGUUAUUCUUUGCAUUUGUGGAUUGGCACUUGAAGUUCGAGGUGCGGAGUGGCGGCGAGGAGUGUAAUAGUUGAAGGAAAAUAGUCAAAGUGAAGUUCCGGAAGUCGGAAAUAAAGUGCCACUGCCUUGUUUCCCUCAGUACACGGAUGAAUUAGUUCUACUGAUAACUUGGUCCAACGCACAAAGAAACAUGCAAUAGUUGAACCCCGCCGCAACUGCACCUCGGUGAAGUGUAUAAUUGUGCUUCCGUCGGGGGUAGUGGCUUUCCAGAACUAAUUAUGUGAUGGUUUCUAGCGAAUUUCAGAAGUUUCGACGGCUCCUGAACUUUUUUUGGCGCAAAAAAGAUGUCAUUGUAGUAUUUGCUGUUUCGAUAUAAAAAAAAGUACUCUAAUUAUAUCAAGAGGAAAACAUGUUCUUUUUGGCCACAUAGUGGAAAAUUUAUUUUCGUAAAACAAAAUAAAAUUACCACCAAGCAACAGGUGGUUCUUGGUGCGCUCUAACAGGGACACCACCAGCUCUAGUGCAGUCGGCAAAGCACGGAUCUUGUCGUUGGAAAAGUAAUCCGGCCAGCUGCUUUAUGUUCGAGCUGGAUGACCCACGGGAAAAGUUAAGACUACUGGAAACUCCAGUGAAGCUGGUGGAAAAACCAGGCAACAGUGGAUCCGGCAAGCUACCCAAGGACUCUGGCUGCGGUGGUUCGGGUGACAGUGGCGAAAACGGCAUCGACACGGCCAGCGGCGAAAACGUCGCCCUGGCGAUGACCACUCUCGGCCAGUUGAAGGUUGCUUCGAAAAAAGCCGGUCACUGCAACGACCGAACGGAUUCGGAUCAGCGUGAGACAUGGUCCGGGAAAGUGGACUUUUUGCUUUCGGUCAUCGGAUUUGCCGUUGACCUGGCAAAUGUCUGGCGGUUUCCAUACCUCUGCUACAAGAAUGGUGGCGGUGCCUUCCUUGUUCCCUACUCUGUGAUGCUGCUGGUCGGUGGAAUACCUCUUUUCUACAUGGAACUGGCGCUUGGCCAAUUCAACAGGAAAGGUGCAAUUACCUGCUGGGGUCGACUGGUUCCUCUUUUCAAAGGUAUCGGCUACGCGGUAGUACUGAUAGCUUUCUAUGUUGACUUUUACUAUAACGUGAUUAUUGCGUGGUCCCUGCGAUUUUUCUUCGCAUCCUUCACGAGUAAUCUUCCCUGGGAGUUGUGUAAUAACGAAUGGAACACGGUGCUGUGUCGACCGUUCGAAUUCGGUGGCCAUAACGGAACGGCAACAGUUAUUGCGGUGGCUGAGGCCUUGAAUGGAUCAUUGGCCAAUGUGACUACGGUGGUAGUCAACGAAACGAAGUUCGCUUCUGCAGCUUCCGAGUAUUUCAAUAACUACAUUCUGGAGUUGGACAAAAGUGACGGACUUCACGAUCUUGGGUCGAUCAAAUGGGACAUGGCCCUGUGUUUACUGGCCGUUUAUCUGAUUUGCUACUUUUCGCUAUGGAAGGGCAUCAGCACAUCCGGCAAGGUUGUCUGGUUUACGGCACUGUUUCCGUACGCCGUUCUGCUCAUCCUUCUGAUACGAGGAAUAACACUGCCCGGGUCGGCCACCGGCAUUCAGUACUAUCUGAGCCCCAAUUUCGAUGUCAUAUACAAACCGGAAGUUUGGGUUGAUGCCGCCACGCAGGUGUUCUUCUCGCUAGGACCUGGCUUCGGGGUGCUGUUGGCUUACGCUUCCUACAACAAAUACCACAACAACGUUUACAAAGAUGCUCUUCUAACGAGUUUUAUAAAUUCGGCAACCAGUUUCGUUGCUGGUUUUGUGAUCUUCUCUGUGCUCGGAUACAUGGCUCACGCCAGCGGGAAAAAUAUCGAGGAUGUUGCCACCGAGGGACCAGGAUUGGUUUUUGUUGUGUAUCCAGCCGCAAUUGCAACCAUGCCUGGCAGUACAUUUUGGGCGUUGAUCUUCUUCAUGAUGUUGCUAACGCUGGGAUUGGAUAGUUCGUUUGGUGGAUCCGAGGCAAUUAUCACCGCACUGAGUGAUGAGUUUCCAAAGAUCGGAAGAAAUCGUGAGAUAUUUGUGGCUUGCCUGUUUUCGCUGUACUUUGUUGUCGGAUUGGCCAGCUGUACGCAAGGCGGAUUCUACUUCUUCCAGCUGCUAGACCGGUAUGCGGCUGGUUAUUCCAUUCUGAUUGCUGUGCUGUUCGAAUCUAUUGCUGUUUCGUGGAUUUAUGGCACAAAACGCUUCUGCGGUGAUAUCCAGGACAUGAUCGGCUUUGCUCCUGGCAUUUACUGGCGAGUUUGCUGGAGAUUUGUGGCACCACUCUUUCUACUUUUCAUCAUAAUUUACGGAUUGAUCGGUUACGAACCGUUAAGCUACGAAGAUUACACUUAUCCACCAUGGGCCAACAUUUUAGGAUGGUGCAUCGCCGGUUCAUCGAUGAUUAUGAUACCGUUGGUAGCUUUCUAUAAGUUGCUUGUAACACCCGGCUCCUUCCGACAGCGAAUGAAAAUUCUUACGACACCAUGGCGGGACCAUCAGCUGGCGGUCAAUGGUAUUACAACAGAACCAGCCCAAGUUCGGCUAACGAAUUCGGAUGAAGGCGAGGAAGUUUGAGUGCGAUCCUUCGCGCUCAAGUUUGAUAUUUAUUUUGUUUGAGUGGCUCAAAUUGCGGCAACAGUUUUAUCUAUGUUACAUAAGCUAAAAUUUGGAUUAGGAUUAGUAGCGACGCAAAAAGUACCGACGUCUGUGUGGGCUUCUGUUUGCUAUGAGAAGACUAUAUACGAAUUUAUUCUAUAGUAUACGGUUCAGUGUCUAAACCCGCUCUUAGAGUGAGUGUCAGAAUCAACGAAAUCGUUUGAUUUUGAUUAGCUUUCAGACGUAGAAAAAAGCUCAAAUGCUGUAUAGAUAAUAUUUACGUGAUUACGAAACGACCUAGUGGGGAGAAACAAUAAGCAUAGAGAAAAGUAUUUAAACUAUACACAAGAAAAUUGUCAACGUGUAAAUCGAUCUUGUACAUACAGUUUAUGAUGUAGCUGUCGGAAGCCUAAUUGUAGAGUUUAUAUGUUCGUUUCCUCGUCACAGACACGUGUUAGUGGUCUGUAGACGUUUUCAUGUGACCGUUUAUGAUAGAAGAUACGUAGCUCGAAGAAACUGCUAUGCGGUGAAGCUUCACUAGAUAAAAUCGAAUGUUCGUGUCCUGACUACAAUGGAACGGCGCAUGUGCCGUUUCCUGUCAUUGUUACAGCUUGUUCCAUGCCACCAAGUUUCUUCCAAUCUUAGAGCAAAAUGUAGCAAUCUUGCCGUCAAAGUGCCCCAACAAGUUCGAAUCAAACUUAACAGCCAUAAAGCUUGAAUUGAACAAGGUGGUAAUUUUCUAUGGCAAAGGUGGUUCCAUUUUGGUCUUAAGUGUAAGCUUUGUUUUCGACUUUUCUGAGAGCUAUUCUUGCACUAUACAGUUACAAGUUAACCGAAUCUAAUAGGAAUACAUAAAUUGAUAUAUUUAGCAGCAAAUGAAUCAUGUUAAUAAUAUUGCAUACAAACAGGAUAAUUAUACCACUGUUAAACCACAUUAAAGAUAAAGAUAUUGAAGUGAGUAGCGUAACUACAUUGUGAUUAAGAGCUGACAAAGCACAUCCCCUCUAGGGCAAUGAGUAUCCAACUAUAGCUAAUACCAAGAACUAAUGUUGCUGAUGUGCGUAAUAUUUCUUAAUUAUUCACCGUAGAACUAAUAUUGUGUAAAAAUUGUUUUUGUUGAUUGUCAGGGUAGGAAAACACCAACAGCUUUAUUGAGGGAGAAAGGGAUUGGAUUUGUGGAAAAUCAUUCGUUAAACAUGUUACACUUUUAGACAGUUUAAUCAAUUCCCAUGUCAACAUUAUGGUUCAUGUCGUUUCAAGAAAUUCAGUACAUCGACUCUAUCCAAAUUAUGAAAAUUAUUACAAUACUUUUGAACUAUGCUUUGGGUUAAAAAUCGAUUCUAGAAUACCAAUUAGUAUUAUUUUUAUCAAUUAGUAUUGUUCAUUCAAUUGUUGUGCAGUAUUAUUGAUCAAAUAUUUCCUCUUCAGCCAUGAAGAAAUAUUUGAAUAUUAACCAUUUGUGUACAUUUUCCAAAAUAGUAUUCUACUAUAACUAUCAGGCUAUCAGAUUUGUUAAUUUUUGUAAGAAUUUCCGUGUGCAAUAAGAAUUACAGUACUUCAUUCUAAAUUCUGUAAAUUAUGAUAAAUUUACAAUUUCAAACUUUCUAAGCUUCAAGAUUUGUUCAUCUUUUUAGGCAGCCAUUAAAAGGAUGAUCGAUCAUGGUUCUUUGACAAGCUGAGAUUAUUCUUGCAAUCUCCAAUUUAUGUUUUAGUUAAAUAUUGUUUCAUUUCAUUAACCCAUAAAAUCCACCCGACCUGAGAAAACGUGAGAAGAUGGUUGAAGAAGUUCCCCUAUGUUUGUGCGGAACAAAUGCUGAGCAGAUUUACAUAGAUUUAAAACAUACAAUAAUUUAUCAGUAAAAGUGUUCCCCUUUGGCAGAUCUUUGAAACCGUAAACCUGUAUGGAACUUUGAAACAAUUGUUAUGCUCUCGUCGUAUCGAAUGUGAACCAUUUAUGAAGGAAACCAAAACGAGUGUUUAAGUGUCACGGGUAGGUAAUGUUUGCAAAUGAUUUGAAGGUUUUGUACAAUCGAAGAAGGAUUAUUAAGAACGGCUUUGGUUUCACUAGUUAGUACAAUGUUUUCAGCGAGUGGCAAGGAAUAGCAAACAACGAAUCACCAAUGUUUACUCGUACCUCGGCAGCAACAGAAACUGAAUUAACUGAGGCAUUUGUUGUGCUGUAUAGAUAUAGUGUAUGGUUAAGUUUCAGAUACAAGCGUACUUCUGUUUUUAUUACGGUUCAAACUCAGAACCAUAUAGAGCUAAUUUGUAUAAUCUCCAUUUGUAAUGUCUUGUUUAUAACACUUUUGUACAAUAAAGAUAAUUAAGUUCGAAACUGAAA